AUAUUUAUGUAACGCACCCUCAUUUUCGCUACAACGUUCGGUCCAAGAUUUUCUGCGAUUAUAUACCUGUGCCUCUCCCAGCCGCCUGGCCUCUGCGACUGCGCGCAUGUGACGUAUAUCGGAUAAUUGCCAUCCUGCUUGCUGCCUUGGUAAAUACUACUACUAACUACAUCAUCCGCCGACCCCUCCUGGGUCCUGCUUGGACUCUGGGUCUCUCCUCCGCCCUGUUUGAGAAAAUUGUCGAUUGCUAGAUUCCGACAAAGAGCCCCGAGGAACGAAGCAUCGUAGCCACAAUGCUCGACGAGAACCUCCCAACCUACCGCUUCCGGCAGUCCUCUGACAAUCAGCUCAACAGCCUCCUCUACUUCACACACAAUGGCUCCGAGCCCUCGGCAGACUACUUGAUUAAGCGUCCGCCGCCCUCCACCUCGCCGAACCAAUAUGCGCUGGGCCUCUUUGACCUGAAAUACGCCUCUGUUCUCUACGCUGAAGUCCUCGUCAAGCCAGAGUGGCAGCAGCCCACGCUCUCUGCCGCCGAAGUCCGCGCAAACGGAGGAAACCCCGUGGCCACGCCGCUCAUACCCAACUCGUUCACCAUCGAUCUCUACAACCCCGACCAGAGCAUCCAAAUAAAAUACCAGUCUGGCAGCUGGAGCAAGGAUGCGUGGGAGUUUGAGGUACCGCAACGUAGCUUCAAGCAGCCGACCAAGAGCCAAAUCGACCAGGAUGGACCGGAGACGACCAUCUCCGACCUGAUACCCAAGGUGAACUUUCGGUGGAAGCGCGACAGUCGGAUGAGCCGAGACAUGACGUGCUACAUGUCAGGCAAGACGGUCGGGGGUCAGAAGAGCAAAGAGCCGGACAUCACCAUUGCCUUGUUCAAGGCAGGGAAAUCCGGCGGCUCGGUUUCGAUAUACGAGCCGAACAUGGCACGCGUGGACGUGGAGGAUCGAAAAGGGCUGGAAGUCACCCUCUUGCUGAGUGCCGAGGUGAUCCGGGCGCUGUAUCUGUCACCGAAGCCGGACUUAUUCAACACCGCAGGCGUUCCGCCGCCGCCAACGACGACCAAGGGCACGGCAGCGCCGUCGACCGGUAGACCGGCAGCGGCCACGUCCGGAGCUGCUGGUUCAGGGGCGGCCAUGUCGGGUGCCAUUGGGAACAUGCAGCCCGCACCGCAGCCGCCGCGCCCCGCGAACCAAUCGACGGAGAAAGACCCAGAUGCCGUGGCACGCUUUGAGAUUGACGCCGAGAAACGUCGUCGGCAAGCCAUGAUUGAGGAGCAGAAUGCUCGAGAGAGGCGGGUUCAGCAGGAGCAGGAAGAAAUCAAACGCAUGCUCGAGCGCGAGGAGCGUCAAGAGGCAGAACGUAGAAGGCGCGCAAACGAGGAGCGGGAGCGCAAGGUCGCCAAGGAGACGGAGAAGCUGCUCAAGCAAUACGGGCCCCAGCCCACGCUGCCACCUCGUCCGGGCGGUGCCGCGCAGAUGAGCGGCGGCGCGGCAGGUUGGCACACCCCAAAUCAAGGACCAGCAGCGCCGGCACAGCCUCAGCGACGACCGAGGAGCGUGGAUCCGCCCAGGGCCAAUGUUCGCUUUGCACAGCAGGAAACUUCACCCACACAGCAGCCGCAAUAUAGCGGAGGACCUGCUCACGGCGGCGGUGUCAGCGCGGCUGCGAAGAAGAAGCUCAACAACUUCCUGUCUACCUCGUCGCCCUACUCUGGCCCAGGGGCGGCGAGCAUGAGCACCUUUUUUGGAAAGCCAAGUGAGGAAGACAAGAGGAACAAGGUCAAGAAGAAGAGGAGCACGCACUUCUGAGGAGGAAGGACCAUGCAUUGGGAAGCAAACUACUUGGCGUUGGGGUUUGAACUUUGAUGAUACCAGAUAUACGUAUAUACAUGGCGAGCGCAAACUUAUGACCAUUGCAAGAGCACCCUGCCUACGUGGCUUCUCUGGGCAUGUGUAGC